AAUUCACGUGUAGGUUUAAUCUGGUCAUCGAAUAUUUAGUUUUUAGAAAAGAAUCCAAAGUUAUAAACAGUAAUAUCCAGACCAGACCUACACGUACCUUCAUGAAUCAUGGAUAUAAAGGGCAUACAAUAAUGGUGGAGUCGAUUGCAUUCAGAGACUCAUCUGGGUGUGUCUUUCUUUAAAUUUCCUUAUAAAGAAAGCAGGAGGAGAGGGAGAAGAAGAAGUGUUCUUUGAGCAGCCUCUCUCUAUAUCUCUGUUCUUGCUCAGGGACUCAAAAAUGGGAAGAGCUCCAUGCUGCUCUAAGGUGGGUUUGCAUAGGGGUCAAUGGACUCCUAGAGAAGACAAACUUCUCAUUAACUAUAUUCGUGCGCAUGGUGAAGGCCACUGGAGAUCUCUGCCCAAGAAAGCUGGGCUACUAAGAUGUGGCAAGAGUUGCAGGCUAAGAUGGAUGAAUUAUCUCCGGCCAGAUAUCAAGAGAGGAAACAUCACUCCUGAUGAGGAUGAUCUUAUCAUCCGCCUCCAUUCCCUUCUCGGCAACCGCUGGUCUCUCAUUGCCGGAAGAUUACCGGGCCGAACUGAUAAUGAAAUCAAGAAUUAUUGGAACUCCCAUCUCAGCAAAAGACUCAACAAAACCUCAGGAACGAGAAGUUCUAGCAGCGAAAGCAAGAAGAAAAAUAAGGAGGGUAAUAAAGAUGGUGCAAAUGGGAAGGCUGCAAAGAGCAAGAUUGAUCUCCCAAAGGCAAUUAGGGUUACUUCAGUCUCAAUUACUAGAACAAGCAGUACAAGUAGCUUGAGAGGCAGCUCAAAAACUCAUGCAGAAGUUCACAAUCUUCCUUGGUUGGAAAUGGUUUGCCCCAAUCUUGAGGUUAGAGAUGGUAUCAUUAAUGAUGGAGAGACUUUACCUUGCAAUGAAGAUCAUGAUGAUCUCGACAUGCCCACAAAUGAAAACAUGCUGGAUGAGAUGUUUGAGGAAUAUGAGCAGCUUCUCAGGACUGAUAACUAUGCCCAAUUGGACUCCUUUAUCGAUUCCCUGCUGGCUUGAUCAGAGUAAUAAAUAAAAGAAAAACUCGUGUGCAUUGAUACAGCCUGCUUUAUUUAGGUUUCACUUGCUAGUAGUCUUGUCUUAAUGAACCUCAUCUUCCCAGGUCAUCAUCAUUCUGUAUGUGAUUGUGAGUGUAAAACAAAAACUCUGGAAAUCACCUAUCACUAUGUACCUUAAAGGGAAGUGCAAUAAAAUCGAAAGAAAUAACCUAAGAACAUUAUGCAGGACAUGUACAUACCUUUUUCCCUUUAGGCACAUGACAUCUUACCUAAUAAAGUUUAUGCUUAUUUGUUGUA